UCAAACGUCCCAGUCACGUGUGUCUUCAGCAGUCAGCUGACAGUGAGAUCAGCAUAAAGCCUCAUCACACGACAUCACUGCGGCAUAAAAACCUUCAUUUGACACAGGCAACACCUAACAAGAGUAAAGAGAAGCCUUUUCAUCUACACACGAUGCUUCUCACGCUGCUUUUUAUUUCCACAGCUGUGGCAACUCCCUUGCUGGGUACAGAGCAGUGUGCCCGUGGCCCCCCCUACUGGUGCCAGAGUGUCAAGACUGCUUCUGUAUGUGGUGCGGUCCAACACUGCCAACAGAAUGUGUGGAACAAGCCUCAGAUGAAAUCUGUGCCAUGUGACCUGUGCAAAGAGGUGUUGACUGUGGUGGAGCAGCUGCUGAAAGAUAACAGCACCGAAGGUGAAGUCCUUGGCUACAUGGAGAAGGCCUGUCAGCUGAUCCCUGAUGAGGGCUUGUCUGAUCAGUGCAAGGAGAUUGUGGACACCUACUUCCCCGUUAUCAUGGGCAUCAUCCAAGGAGAGCUGGACAACCCUGGUGUGGUGUGUGGUGCUCUGGGUCUGUGCGUCUCCCAGCAGGAAGCUCUGGCUAAAGCUCAGCUCAUGUCCAAUGAGAUUCCUGAAAUGGACCUGACCCAGCGUGUUGACCCUUUCCUGCUCAAUAUCCCUCAGCUUCUCUACCCCCAAGAGAAAGCCAAGGAGCCCCCAACACCGAAGAAUGCUGAUGUGUGCCAGGACUGUGUUACAUUCAUCACUGACAUUCAGACUCAGGCCAGAUCCAACUCCUCAUUUGUCAACACUCUACUUGCACAGGUUGAGACCCAGUGUGAUCUACUGGGACCCGGCAUGUCUGAUUUGUGCAAGCAGUACAUCAGCCAGUACGGCCCACUGGUCAUUCAGCAGCUCAUGUCUAUGCAACCCAAGGACAUCUGUUCUCGUUCUGGUUUCUGCUCCUCGGGACUCAAGUCUGCACUCAUGGAGAUGCUCAUCCCUGCCAAAUCCAUCCCUGCUAAAACGUUCCCUGCAACCAAGCUUGAGAAGCCUGCUGUAGGCAAGCCAGCUAAGGAUAUGAGGCGCGUGCGUGAUUCUCCUCAGUGUGCCAUCUGCGAGUUUGUGAUGAAUGAGCUUGAGAGUAUGGUUCAGGAUCAUACAUCUGAGCAAGAAAUCGUGCAGGCUGUGGAGAAGGUGUGCGACAUCUUGCCCUCCACCCUCACCGCUCAGUGCAAGGACCUGAUUGAGGCCUAUGGACAGGCCAUCAUUGAACUGCUCGUGCAGGAGGCUGACCCCAAAACCAUCUGCACUUUUCUCAGCCUCUGCAAGGCGGCCAGCCGCACUUUUAUCUCUGUAAUGGACAAGACCAGGUAUGAGGCGGGUGGUUUCUGUGACGUGUGUAAGAUGGCCGUGCGUUACGUGGAUGGCAUCCUCGAGCAGAACGCCACUCAGGCUCAGAUCGAAGAGGCCGUGAGGAAGGUCUGCGACUUCCUGCCUGACACUGUCAAAGACGAGUGUGAUCAGCUCAUUGAGCAGUAUGAACCUCUGAUGGUACAGCUGCUGCUCCAGACACUGGAUCCUGACUUUGUCUGCAUGAAGCUGGGCGCGUGUCCCGAGGCAGUGAAAAGACUGCUGGGAUUGGAGCAGUGCAGCUGGGGACCAGCAUACUGGUGUAAGAAUGUGGAGACCGCUUCACGCUGUAAUGCAUUGGAGCACUGCAGGCGCCACGUAUGGAGUUAAAGGAUGGCGGAACGUUCCAGAACUAUCUUGGGAAAUGAAAGGAGAAUUACUGUAGCUCUGCUUUCCUGUUGUCAAAUCAAUACUUGUUUUUCGAUUUUAAUUUUGACAGAUUUAAAUGCCAUCAUAGCUGAUUUAAAAACCUGUUGUCAGGGACUGCAAAGCUUUUAUUGAGAAAAAUAUUUGGGGGAGGCAGGGGUUUAAAGGAGUGUGAGUAACAGGUGAGGCUAUAUGUGAAAUAAUUGCACUGAAACUGGCAUUUGUGCUUUCUAAAGGGGAUGUUUUUUUGUUUUAAAAUGUUGUUAGUUGUAAGAUGUUACUUCAAAUAUGCACAGAGAGUCUUGGAGAUAAAGUGGAGUGACGUAGUUGGUGCCUUUAUGAUGAGAAGGGUCUGAGGAAUGAGACUGAAAUGUGUCUGACAUCCCUGCCUCCUGAGCUAAUGUAAACCGAGAACACGCGUGCACCUGUGAGGCCACUGACUUUUUAAUGGAUAACAUUUUUGAUCCUAAUGGUAAUUGAUUCUCUUUAACUUGUCAUUGUUGUGCCUGAUAUUAAUGAGCUUAUGGGCAAAGUCUGACUUAUCUCUUCUGCCCUUCAUACUGAUUGAAAGAUCAUCGCUCACUAAAUGUUUUAAAUAAUGGUCCAGUUUUAUUUUGUGCUUCACAUUGAACAUUGUCUUCUGUUUUAAACAACUGAAAUUAAACUAACCUAAAUCCA